CGAUAAACCCCACGCAUUUUGGACGACGGUAAACAAAUCGACCGACAAACCUGAUCCUUACAAUGUGGAUAUCGACGUCGCCUAAUCUAUCAGGAUGGUUUUCAAAACUCGCGGAUGAUGACGCUUGUCGCUCGUGCUUAUCGCAGUCUGGUUAUGGGUGGUGUCCCAUGCAGACCUCAACUUGUACACCCUCCCCUCGCGGUAUCUUCUCACCGAUAUGGAAUUCGACGAUUUGUGGAUUUGAUGCACAUGCUCGAUGGGAUCUCAGAACAAAUCCGAUGGGGUGUUAUGUGUCUACGAUGACCCUCGGCGCUUUCCUCUUCGCAUUCGUAGCAACUCUCACUUUGACGCUCUUCCUCUGCCUCACCUACCUCUGCCUCCGCCGCCUCUUCCGCCGCUCUACAUCAUCAUCAGACUCAUCCCCCCUCCGUCCCGAACGCGCCCCCCUCCUCUCCCGUUCAAGCUCACAGUACCCCGCCUUUUGCUCCUCCCCAACACCCCCCCUCCUUCGCCGCUCUUCAUCCCAUCAAUCAGGGACUUCGACGCCUACGCCGACAGGAUCGAGUAAUGGUGCGCCGGGUGGGAGGGGGAGGACGAUGGGAAAUGGGUUGGCGAGUAGUUGGAGUAAGCGACGGAGCAUGUUGUUUAGAAAGGGGGAGGGGAAAGCGAAGGUGAAAAGUCCGAGUCCGGGGAGGAGUUUGGAGAGGUCUGUGUGAGCUGUAUGAGCAGUGAAAUAGGCACGGC